UCAGAACUGCAAGACGCCGAUAUUGCGUUACAUUGUGGCAAAAUGGCGGCUGUCAUUCAGAAUCCACUAAAAGCGUUGGGCGACCAGUUCUAUAAGGACGCCAUUGAGCAGUGCCGCAGCUACAAUGCUCGCCUCUGUGCUGAACGCAGCGUCCGCCUGCCAUUCCUGGACUCACAAACCGGCGUGGCCCAGAACAACUGCUACAUCUGGAUGGAACGGCACCACCGCAGCCCCGGGGUCGCGGCCGGACAGAUGUACACAUACCCCGCCCGCUGCUGGAGGAAGAAGAGACGGCUGCACAACGCCACAGACCCUCGCCUGGGCAUCUAUGGUCUGGGACUCGACGGCGGCCUCAUGCCCAGGGACGCCUUACCCACCCAGAGCACCACGCUGGAGGCUCUGCUGCGAGGAGAGGGUCUAGACAAGAGGAACAACUCUAAGAACGAUGAGGAGAGUCUGCUGGAGAUCCAGAGGGUUCUGGAGGCAGACGCAGCAGAAGACGCUUUCAAUGAUGAUGACGACUACGAGGUGGACACUCCCAAGAGGAGACAUCGGGGCAAAGGAAGAGGUCGGGGUUCAGGCCGCAGGAAGGCAGAUAUGGAUGACGACAAGCCAUACGUCUGUGACAACAGAUACAAACAAAAGCAGAACUCAAAAUCUUCGGCUGCAGUCUGUGCGAAGCGCUACAGGAACCGUACGGGACUAAGCUACCACUACACCCAUUCCCACCUGGCAGAGGAGGAGAGAGCGGGAGAAAGAAGCUCAGUGGCAUCUAAAUCUCCCUCUGCACCACAGACUGACAGACACAAACGUCCAAAGGGUCCAGGUGGGACCAGUAUUCCCAACAACUACUGUAAUAAAUGCCAGGGCUCGAUCAAGAAAACGGGUAAAACUGGGUCUCCCUACUCAACCUGCCAAUGCAAACCUGACCGUGGUGAGGAGAAGGAAGACGGGACUUUUACUGGAGCGGAGGAGCUGUUCGGCACCACCUCGGAGAGCGACACUUCCACCUUUCACGGCUUUGAGGACGACGAGCUGGAGGAGCCCGCCACAAACAGCAACGGAAUAUCCAACCGACACAGAUAGAAAGAACCUUUUAGAUUCGAAGAGACAUUUUUUUAUAUGGAUUAACCUCUGGCAAAAAUCCGCUGCUUCUUUUUCAAUGUUUUUUGUUUGCAGAAAGCACAAAGUGAUAAUUUCAGGACAGAAAUGCAAGUGGUAUUUUAUCUACUGAACAUUGUUGAAUAAUUUAUGAACACCUUUUUUAUAUAUAAAUAUAUAUAUUAACUUUCAAGGCUAUGAACGACUGUCAGUGUUUCUUGACAAGUGACUUGGUCUCCAUGCAAAACAGAAGAUUGAGUGGAGGUUUUUUUUCCGUCACUGGAGCAGUAGGAGCAUAAACGUUAUGAACAAAAGAAAAGAAAAAAAAACACUGGAAAAAUUUGAACAAUUGAAUCAUUUAAAAGGCAUAAAUGAAACCGUACAUUUGAUGGAGAUGAUUGAAUGUCAUUGCAGAUGCGUACUUGAGCUACUGGAUGUUUUUGAAUCAGUAGUGUGGUGUGACUAUGAAGGUCUUCUGCUCGAAAACUCUGGAUUAAACUUGUAUGAAAAUGAAGGAACCAAUGAAAGAAAAGGACUGCCACAGGCCUCUGAAAAUGUUUGAAGAUGAAGAUGAAGAAGUCUUUAAAUUACAGAUAGAAAGGACUUAAUAAAUAAAAGGAGCACUCAGCACAUUGGCAUGUGGCCCAGCGGUGGGGGUAACCAGUGAAGAAGAGGAUUUAACUCUGGAAAAACUAAUGAGCCUUCAUGUCCCUUCUGAUUUGGGCCUAAAAUAACUGACUGGAACGGAUGAACGGACACAUCCACCACUUCUACAGGCCAUGUGGCUUAAUUGAAGCAACUGCUCCCUUGACGAUAUGUAUCGAUCCCUUCUGAACAUUUGAAAUGUGAGUGGAUCCAGCUUCAUUUCAUCCUUUCUGCACUGUGCUGGAGCUCCACUGAGCUAUGGGAACACUAAAGGCCAGGCCUUCUUUGGACUGUUUGUGCCCAAGCGGGUGCAUUCGGGGGCCCCCGUGGCCCGGCCUGCCCACUCCUGCUCUGUGACUGUGUGUCUGCCGUGUGAUCCGAUGUGACACUAAGACGUCAUUAUCCUCAUCACUGUGCCAGCCUCCCCGCUCUGCACUGGAAACCAGCUCUGACAGCCAUGACCCUCCAACCUGAUUGGACCAGUGACCCCCUGACCCCCCAGCCAUAGACAUGGUGCUCAAAUCCACCACUAUUACAUGCAGACCUCUGGACUACUGUAUUAAUACCCUGACAUGGACGCAAAGGUUUUCUCUUUCUGCCUCUGUCCCUCUGUCUGUUUUUGCUCUCUACUUCCUGGGCCUCUCUGAUCUCAUUCUGACUCGCAGUAAUUUAGCUCUUUCUUUCUAUCUUUCUUUCUUUUCUUUAUUUUUUGCAUAUUUUCUCUGUUGUAUAAUAUUUCUAUGUUUUGAACUCUUUAAAGUUUGAUUAGUAUGACUUCUUGGGUUUGUUCAGACUGUAUUGAUACCUCUGUCCUGAUCAGGUGCACAAUAGCCACAACUACUCAGGCAUCUUUCAUUUCCUCUGCUGUUGAUUGUUCAGCCCUGAUUCAUGUGAUUGUAUUCAGUUGGCAAAAAGAGGGACAAAAACAUGAGGAUCCCAUUAUAAUCAACUUCCAGGAUGGAUUUGGGAAGCUGCAGUCUCAUGCUAUAGGAAAAAAACAAAAAACAUCGCAAUAACAAGCUUCAACUUUGUGCAAAAACCUCUCCGCUUUCCAUUUGAAAUCUACAGCGUCAGCAGUGAGAAUCAUCUCAUUUGAAAACAAUAUUGUUGCUCGACAGAGGCAUAACUCUGCUCAGAUCCAUAUAUUAAGUGAGAAACUGUAAAUCCAAGUUAUGUGACAUUUCCGUUGAGUGCUUUAGAGGGCCUAAUUGCUUUCUGACAUUUAGAAGGUGCUUGCAGUACUGUAUCAAAAAGCCUUUUAGGUCCAUAGGUUGCACAUACUGUGUAAGAGGUCUGUGUCCUUCCAUGUGAUUAUUCAGUAUCGCUGCAAUGUAAUAACAGCUGCUCCGUUUUUGAAGCUAACCAUUAAUCCUUCGUGUCUGGUGUGACUCGCGUAAGUGCUUGUGCAUUCAAACCAUCUUUCUUCACUUCCCUCAGGGACCCUCCACACAACAGCACAUCAUCUCCUCCGGACAAAGAAUGGAUUUCAAAUUAUCUUGUCUUCUUCUCUUGUAUCAGUUUCGUGGCGUUUUCCACAGUUAAAUGGGUCAUUGUGUCUUUUUAUCUUCCAAAGUCACGCCAGUGAAAGUGAAAAGCAUGUGUUCAUCAAUCAUAACCUGCUUAUUGUUACCUGCCGUAUAUGAACAGGCCUACGUGUGGUGCAGUUCUGAACAAAAGGAGAAGAUCCUAAAAUGCAAAAGUCAGUGAUGUCUGCUUCGCACUACGUGUCACCAAUCAUUGAAUAGCCUGUAUACCUCGUCAAAGACACAGCAAUAGGCCCUGGUACUCUCUUGUCAAAGCCUGCCUGAAGGGAGGGGGGGUGGAGGAGGGAGGAUCGGGGUGGGGAACGGAGCCAAGAGGAGAUGAAAUGGACAUGACUGGGCGUUUGUUUCAUCUUCAGCUGUAAAUACGAGUCGAAAAAUGGAGAGAAUGAAGAAGUCUUUGUUUGUUAAACUAUUUUUAUUGUUCUGAAAAAAUAAAGAAAAAGAAAUAAAGAAUGACUGGUGACGCUG